CUAUCAACUUCUAAAAUUCAUAUUUCACAUUGGAAAAUAUUUCUUCAUUUUUUUCCAAAUAUAAUUGAAGAAAAAAUCAAACAAUUCAAAAUUUUUGAGGUAUAUUAUUGUAGUGAUUAGAGGAAGAUGAAGGAUGGUGGUAGAAAACAAGGUGUAAUGACACCAUGUGCUGCAUGCAAGCUUCUUAGAAGAAGAUGUGCUCAUGAUUGUGUGUUUGCUCCAUAUUUUCCAGCUGAUGAACCUCACAAAUUUGGAAGUGUUCAUAAAGUUUUUGGAGCUAGCAAUGUGAACAAAAUGUUACAGGAAUUACCAGAACAUCAAAGAAGUGAUGCAGUUAGUUCAAUGGUAUAUGAAGCAAAUGCAAGAGUAAGGGACCCUGUGUAUGGUUGUGUUGGAGCCAUAUCCUCUCUUCAGCAACAAGUUGAUGUACUUCAAACCCAAUUAGCACAAGCACAAGCAGAGGUUGUUCAUAUGAAAAUGCAUCAAUCUUCAUCAUCAUCAGAUCAACACCAAGCAUCACCAUCAUCAGAAAAUGUGUACCAAUCAAGCAAAUCCUUUUCUUCACAAACCAACAAUAUGGUGCAAUCCUUGUGGUCAUUCUAGCUAGCUAGCAAAAUUAUCAUAUAGAUAUAUUUUUACUUAUAAAGAGUGAAAUGGAUUGUUGUUGUAGUUUUAAGCAUGGAACUAAUGAAUGUGUUGUUAAAAUUGAUGAUGUGAUAAUUUUUAAAUAUCGUGUCAUUUAUAAAAUAUGACAUAUUAUCAUUUAGUAACAUUUGUAAUGUUGAUUAUUAAAUCAAUAGCAAAAAUAUUUAUUUGAGUA